CCCCCCACUUGAUGGGGAGACCCGAGUAACUUAGAAGUUGCCGGUUGUUUGAGCGGUGAGCAUCGUCGUAUAGAAAAUGUGUAAUUCUCUCAAAACACGAUUCCUAUCACGUGGUUACUGUAGGCUUUGGAGAUAGGGAGUCGGAGUUUAAGAUACUGUUGGAAAGUAUCUGUUGUUGGAUAAGUUUCAGCGAUUAUUUCAGUUGUGAUAACGGGACAACAAUAUUGUGGUUCAUGGAUUGUAAGAGGAAGACUUUAUAAUGAAUUGAGUUGUGAUUCAGAGACGAACAAAUAAUUGUUUACCAGCUUAGGGGUGUAUCGAGUUGUAAAUAAAAAGGAGCAUGGUAGAAACACCGACGCCGAGCCUAGUGCGACUGCGCGUGGUGCAGAAACAGGUGCUAUUUGAGCGCAGGGUGCUGUUUGCCUGCACGGUGCUUGUCGGCCUGAGCCUCCUCACCUGGCUUGUGGCCAUCUCCACCGACUACUGGUUCUACGUGGAGGGGGGCCACCACGGCAUCUAUGUCAACGAGACCAAGCGCUACUUCCUCUCCAGCAAUAGCGGCCUCUGGAGGAUUUGCAGGAAUGCCUUAGGCAAUUCAACAGCAACGAAAGCGGUUACAGAAGUAGUCAACAACACUGGCGGUUAUGUUGAAACGCAAGAAAUCCUCAAUGUUUCUUCGUCUACUGGAUUGAAACUCGCCAAAUUCAGAAGAUGUCGAAUGCAUGAAGCAUUUCCUAGUGAGCAACAUAUUAAAAACAACCCAAUGCUGGACAAAUACAUCCUUCAUUACACAAGGACAGAAAUGAUGUUUUCGCUGAUUAGUCUGAUGGUGAUGAUCAUGGGAUUUCUUUUUUCGAUCUACACGUUCAGGAAUCCCCGAUACACGUUCAAAAGGCUGGCGGGGGCAAUACAUCUCAUAUCAUGUCUGUCAAUCAUGGUAGUGAUAGAGGUACUGAUGAGCUCGAUCGACUACGAGCGCCAGAACCUUAGAGUGGUGCAUCCGCCCGGAGCGACUCACUCCUACGGCUUCUCUUACUAUCUAGCAUGCAUCGUAUUCGCCGUCAACCUGGUGGCCGGCAUCUCCUUCUUCUGGUACUCCAAGAAGCGGAAAGGCAACAAGGCGCCCAACGACGAGCUGGCAAUGGCUGACGAGCCAACUAUCAUGGGACGGUAAACUCGAAAAUGCAAGCGAAAACUUUGGCAUUUGAACCUCAUGACCUCAUGAGCUAGCAAUAAUAAUGGGCCCUCUUGAAACUGAGAACUAAGAGACGAUAACAAUAAGUUAAUAAUUUCUAGUACCAACCAUUAAGGGCUCCCUUGAAACCUUAUGAACUGAGAACUAUAAGACGUUAACAAUAAGAUUAUCAUUUCUAUUACCUACCAACAAUCAUGGACCCACUUUAAACCUUACGAACUGAUAACUAUGAGACGAUAACAAUAAGUUGAUAGUUUCCAGUACCAACGAUAAUAAUUUAUGAAUCCUCUUAAAACCUUAUCAACUGAGAACUGUGAGAAAGCAAAAUAAAAUCAUAACUUAUUUUAAAUCACUUUAAAAACAUGCACCGAUAACCAGUCUGAGAUGGUGAACAUGAAAAUCUAAUACUGUAAUGGACUUUGGAAUUGAAAUCCGUUAAACAACAAAUUAGGAAAGUAAAAUAGGAUAAUAAUGAUACUUCUCAAGAGAUUGAGAGCCUAUAGCCAGUAUGGGAUGAUGAAAAUAAUGUGGAUUUCGGUUUCCCUUUUGAACCUUGUAAUUGAAACCUUAUGAGAUUAGAAUUGUGGAGCAGUAAAAACGAAAUUUGAAUUUCUUCGAACGCUUUGAAAUAACAAAAAUCAUGUUUUUAGUGUAGACAGAAUAUUAUGGGGUGGAGAGAAGUAAAUUUGGAAUUAGAAUUUCUAGGACGGGAUGAAAUUUUCGGGAUUGUGAAAUUGAGGGAAAACACUACUUGUGAAAUUGGGGGAAAACUAUACUUCUGAACUCUUUGAACACAUGUAAUUAGAGAAGAUGAAAAACUAUGAACCUGUUUGGGUUUAUUCGCAACUUGUUAAACCUGUCAAUGGGUAAGAUGAGAGAUAAGUUUUCCAAGUUGAUUUGGAACUUGACUUUAACUAAUUUUUUGAAAUUUGUGAUAUCGAAGGUGCAACAAUUUUUUGCGUUAUAAUCUUUCGAAACCUUACAAUUUGUGAUUAGUACAGUGAAUCAUUUUGAGCUUUGAAAAUAUUUUACAAUUUGAAAAGUCGAGAGAAAUUAAUUUUUUGGGCCCUUCAAAGGAAUGACAUUUGUUGAAGUUAAAUAUUAGUUAUUUAGUUUGUAAUAUUUUUAUAAGAAAUCACGUUUAUUAGUAAUGAGAAUUAUUCAAUCAGUAAAUUGAAUCAAGCUAUUAUCUGUUCUUUAAUAUUAUUUUUAAUUAUAUAGCAGCUGAAUUUGGAUUCAAUAGAUAGGCUAUACAAUUUCAUCAUUGUAAAAUUUUGACGUUUAUUCUAAAAUUGGUUAAUUGAAACUUCAUCCCGUUCAAAUUUGAUCUUACAUUUCCAAUAAUUGAUAUAUCUAUAAUACAUUUAUUUAACACUGAUUGGAGCUAUAUUUCCGUUCACUAUUCAAUAAAGUAUACGAUUCUUUCAUGAAUGAUUUUAGACAACAUUAUUUGUCAUGUUUUAUUUGCGAUGAUACUGAGAAAAAUCUGUUGUGUACGUUAAAUUAUAAAGACGAUGAUAAUUAUUAUGAUUAGUGAUUAUAUUGGAGAGAAUAUUACUGGAAAUAAGCUUAAUACUUUUAAUCUUUGGAACUGACCAAGAAAAUUGUGAAUACAUGCUAUUACUAUAAUAGAUAUCGAACAAUAUUGUGGAUUAACGACUCUUGAAUGAGUAUAUAACUAGUGCAAAACAAUAUUAUGAAACUAAACUGUAUAACUACAACUUCUAUUACCUCAUAAUAUUUCAACUGUAAUAUUUAUGCAUGGAUUCUAUCUAAAUAAAAAUAUUGUACAAUACCUUGUUGCAUUGUUCGAAUCUGACUCAAGAAAGACAUUAGUUUAUAAUAUUGAUGAAAAAUGUAAGUAAUCUAAUGUUAAAUAUUGGGACCUCUAAGUGUACAUGAAUCUGGUGUGUUUGUAUUAUUUUAAGUUGUUGAUUUUAUUAAUAAAUACUUUGGAAGUAUA